ACUAAUGUUGAUGCAGGGUUUCCCUAUCGGAAUGUUUCAACGUUGCUCCUGGAAACAGACGGUGUGCCCGACUGCCCGUGCGACUUUGAAAGGACAGCAAUGUACAGAAGGUUAUUUUUUGUGGUUUCGCAGGGCCGAAAUACAAUUUUAUUCUCCGAAGAAGGUGGCUUACUCUUUCCGGCAACUCUUUCCAUUUACAGAUCAGCAAUCCGAGGGGGGCAGAAGUCCCUGGGCACCAGUGCAGUUGCCUGCAGUGAAAUAAAAGAUGCCCCUGAGCUUCCCAAACAAGAGCAGAAGGUGGAGGAUGGAGAAAAACCGAAAGCAGGGAAGGAGAAUAUUUUAGACCUCCUUACAUCAAUGAAGGUGCAGGUGACCAUAAAGAAGGAAAAAAGAAAGGAGCCAGUGUCCCAGAAGGCCAUGGAUGAGUUACCGCCCCAAAGCCAGGAGAGCCUGAGCCCAGACCUUGUGGCAGCAGCUUCAGAUGCAGUUUCCUCCAUGCCUGAUCCUAAGAAGGCCACAUUGGAGCUCUUGAUGCAGUUGAGGAAGCACGAAGCCCUCCCUGAAACAGAGAGAAAAGGCGAUGGGAACAGCAUUGGAAGCAUCAUUGCACAUAUGAAGGUGGGCAAACAGAAUAACUUCAGACCGAAUAAGGAGCCGGCCAAACAGAUUAGCGUUGAUAAUGGACAGGGAGAUAUCGUUGAAACCACACCAAAGUUCAAGGUAGCUGAGAAGAGGACAGGCAUGUUUCGAGCGAAGAGACUCAACAUUUUCACUCCUGUCCACGAGAGUGAGACUGAGCAGGAUGCUGCAGUAACCGUGCCCACACUCUCCCUUUGGGACUUGAAAUUCGCCAAACAUCUUGCUUCCGUAAUCGAUACCCGGCCCCGCAAUGGCUUUGAGGAGAUGAUCCAGUGGACCGAGGAGGGCAAGUUAUGGGAAUAUCCAGUAGACAAUGAGGCCGGUAUGGAGGAGGAGGCCAGGGUGCCAUUCCAUGAGCACAUCUUCCUGGAGAAGCACCUGGAAGAGGGCUUCCCCUCUCAGGGCCCCGUGCGUCACUUCAUGGAGCUGGUGGUGGUGGGCCUGUCGAAGAACCCCAACAUGACUGUGAGGGAGAAGGUGGAGCACAUUGCCUGGUUCCGCCAGUACUUCCAGCAGAAGGAGGACAUCCUCCGGGAGGCCGAGGCCCAUCUCAACUGACCGGGCGAGGGCGCGGCUUCGGUCUGCUCUCGGUUUCCGUCAUUGAAAGCGGCAUUUAAAUCGGGGCAAAACUGCAUUCCCAAGGUCACCGCAGACCUGUACCCCAGCCCCCGUAAAGUCUCCUUUUCCAACAGAAAGACUGAUGCCUGAAAUGCAGUAGAAAAAUGGACAAAAUCUGUGAAGAUCAUCCAUACAUUUAAGUGUACAUAUUGGUACAAUGGCAUUUGACAGCCACAGCAUCACAUAUUGGAAGAGCUACAGUAGGGAGUGAAGCAUGCUUACACUCUUCUGUGAAUGUGCUAGAUCUUAAGCAUUUAUAUUGUAAAUGAGUUUCAGAACCUUAAUGUGACAUUUAUGAAUAUCCGCGAUAGCUUUGUCUUUAAUUGUGGUAACUUGGUAAUGAGAUUAGGGUUUGACUCAUUUCAAUGACUGCUGCCUUGACUGAACAGAUUUUGAGUUCAAUGCACAACAUCAGGUGUACUAUACGCAUUUAUGUUGCUAUGGACGAUUAUGGUAGGGAAGAAAAGUUACCAUUGUGUAAAAGUGGUAAGCAUUUCCUUUUUACUUCUGUAUUUGCUUGGAAACAGGCAGUGACAUUGCAAAAACUAUUGUUUGUGAUGGAUAAAAAUACUUGGCACAUUU